UUUGAACACUACGUUCAAUGGACGUCUACGUUUGAUGUAAAUACUAAAUAUGGAAUUAAAAAAUUAAAUAUUUUAAUGAAGAAUAAUGAAACUCUGAUAUAUCUGCAAUUUAUGAGGCCGUAUGGUGUAUGAAUUGAUUAAAAAAAAUCUGGAAUAAUAUUUGUUUUGACCUUUGUUUGAACUAUUUGUAUUUUGUGAAUUUAAAAACAUCUAUUAGGUUUUAAUGUUACACUUAGAGGAGGCCAAAAGUAAAAUGACGAUAAUAUGCGUGAGCCGCAUUCCAUAUAGUAUCCAGAUGCGUCCAAUUCAACUGAUAAACAAAUUAAAAAGGCUAAUAAAGGUGGAGGAAUUUGAUGUUUUAACCAAAAACAAUCAAUUAGAUCUAACAUCAAAUAAAUGUUAUGUAAGAUUAAAUUCUAUCUUGGAUCCCCAAAUGGUUUGCAACCAGAUAAACAUGAUAUUCAAGUCUUCUAAAUUCUUUGCCUUUGUUUCCCAGUCUAUUCCUGAUGAUCUUGGAACUUGUAGCUUUAUGCUUAUAGAUGUGGCAAAGAAGAAACUGAUGGAGCGCAAAACCGAGACAAAUAUAUUGGAGAUUUCCUUUGUAGAAAUAGUCAACGAGCUGUGGUUUCAGUACACAGGAUUGUCCAAAAUAAGUAAGAAUACAGAUCACAUGCUCAUAAAUAGUCUGUGUAUGACAAUAGCCGACCGGCUGAAGAAGAUAGUGGACGAAGCGAAUGAAGUUAAAAGUCCGUGCAAGCUAAGCAGCUUGUAUAGGAAAGCUCACCCACACACCAGUGACUUCCAGUUCAUACUGUCCACACUUCACAUGAUCGAAGACACCAAUGGCACCACUCAUUCCGACAUCUCGGAGGAGGAAUUGAUGAAAGCUAAUAUUAGGGUACAACCUUAUGUGAUGGAAGAGGCGCAGGCCCGGACUGCCUGCAGUAUUUACUCCGAGCGAAUGAUUCAGAAGGUGUCAGAACAUAUAAAGAACUUGAAUACAGAGGAAUCUGAAGAUAAGAGUGAAGAAGAUAAGGCUAGGAUCCGAGUGAGAAAACAACUGAAGAGACUUUCGCCGUAUUUAGAAACCAUGGCUAAGGAGAUGGCUGCAGCGCACUUCACUCCGCAGGUGUCACAAUAUUAUAUCAUUCAUGUGUAUGGGGUACCAUGCCUGCCGCCUGAAGAUGUAAUGUUAAAUUUGGUCCGUCCGUUUAAAGCGCAUCAAGUCCGAAGGUCGUUCAGAUUGUUUAACCUGGUAACCCUCAAGGCACGUAUCGACUUAUUGAACGAUGUGCUGAAACUGGACGGAACAGAUAUAGAAAACAAAUGCAAGUUAAUAGUACGCCCCGGAUGGUUACCCAGAUACAUAGUGCCAGAUGAAAUCAAAGAACACUUGCUAUCUCAAAAAGAAAACAACAAAUAUGAGAAGGAGCUCACGAAUGAUAUUGAUAUUGAACUCAUGAAUGAUAUUGAAAUGGCUGAUGACGCAUGGGAGGAGUGGUAGUUAAUAUUGAACUACCCUCAGUUUAAUUAAGAAAUUGUUUAUUUUAACCAGAUAUUUGUUUAUUUUACUUCAUGUUCUUAUAUUAUAAAAUAUUCGUUCUUGUGUCAUUUUCCUCAUUGCUAAAGGUCUCCGCGAAUCAUUUUCCGCACGAUCGCCAUCCAUUUAUUACGGUCUUCGGCAAUGUGUAUAGCUUCGUGGACGUUUUUAUUGGCGGCGUCGCGAAUCUGGUCGCUCCAACGUAUCGGACUCCUGCAUCUUGGUCGCUUGCUUUGUAUGUUCCCUGUUACCAGCUUUUCUAGGCUAUCUCUUUUCUUUUUGGCGAUAUGACCGAAAAAGUCAAAGUGAAAUUUAUCAUCCUUAUGAACAAUAUGUUCACAACAGUUUACUAAUAUUCAUAACUCUAAUUCAUCCUCCCUCUUUCCCGCAAACUCCCCACAGUAAAAUAUAUCGAGUUCGCUCGCAUCUGAUCCGAAUGAUUCGCAUGGCACUGCAAAUACGCGAACUGUUGACGCGUCGUUGACUUGUUGAGUGAAUCAUUCAUUCAACGCCCUAAUUUCAGUAUUCAGUUACUGCCCGCAAGUCAUUAGUGAACCGCUGACUACUCGCUCCCGCAUCGCAAACCAACUCGCAUCGUACGCGUUCAUCACCAACCGCGUGGUUAACUCUUUAUUUAAAUGAGGUUAUAGUAAUCGUAAUUCGACAUAAUAUAGUGUUGUGAAGUAAACAGCUUCCGGACAAGAGAUGAUUGAGAAUUCACCUACGCCCCAGCAUAAGAUCGAACCCUGUGACAAUACGCUUGUUCCAAAAAUCAAUUUUCACGCCUUAAAGUACAUGAAUGAGCCAAUUCCAGACAGCCGUCGAACCUGAUGGUGAACAAGAAGUGAUCAUUUGAAAAUAAUAAUUAUUUUGUGCGAUGGAAAAUGCGAAACACAGAUAAAAGCCAUUUAUUUUCUCAAAAUUUAUUCCUUUAGAAUUCUUAUUGAUGUUAUUUCUAAUAUCCUAUAUACUACUACCGCUUCGGUAAAAAUGGCGCUCUGAGAUAGAAGAAGAGGCGCAAGAAUCUCUACCAUGGAGUAUCCAUGGAUAUAGUCCGGUUCCGGACGGCGUACUAUGUAUUUUUAAUUCCAUAGAUUAGUUAUUUUUUUGUUCGUUCGAUUAAUCAAAUUGUUUGUUCAUCAAAAAUGACUGUGCUUUUAUUAUUUCGCAAGCAACCUCGAAGCGCCAUCUGUAUUUCUUCACUAGAACUAUCGGGCGGUAUACUUGUUUAGUAGGUAUGUAUAAACGAUGUAUUAUUCCUAGACUCGUUUCCCAGUAACAAAUAACGUGGUACUGGGAAACGGUUCUACUAAUUAAAAUACAUUAGGAAACAAGACAACUAAACGAUUCUAAAUGUACGAGUUAUAAAAUAAAACACGAAUACUUAAAAUACAUUUUUAUUUUCUAAUUUUAUAAUACAAUAUAAUCUUUGUUUCUAAAAAACAAAAUAAAUGCUGCUACUACGGUACAAAAGUCAAGACAAGAAAUUACAAUAGUUUACUUAUAUUGAAUAAUAUAAAUAUAUUGUGGUGUACCUUUCAUUACUAAUUUGUAUAAAUGUUAUUUAAAUUAUAGCCUAUUUAAAUAUACACUUGAUACGUUAUUACUUAUUAGUAAAACCAAAGAUCCAGGUAGGUACUCCAUUCAUAUAAAUUGUAAUGUAUCAACUAUUGAAUCAGUGUCCGAACUCGAAAGCACAGGUCCACUUCACAUAUUAGUCAAUAUUUUAUUCUAAGGUCAAUCUGAAUACUGUAAGUCUAAGACUGUAAGUGACAAACCUGUCAAUAUCACUAAUGUUAUUCCUUAAAAUAGUAUUAAAUUCCCAAUAAAACAGAAUCAAC